AUGUCUUCCAACGCGAAAUCAGCAACGACAGCCGAGGAGCAGUCUCGUGCCCCGGCUUACCCUACUUCAUACCCACCAGCCAACACUGGAUCGAGGGGAAACAUGCAAACUUCAGGCCUCCCCGUUCCGAUGCCGAACCUCUCCGGCAAUGCAAACGGCCCAGUCGGCAACCUCCUCAAGGGCCCGGUUGACGAAAAUGGCAAGUUGACGAGCGCAGCUCUCAUGGUAGGCAUCAAGUUGGACCUUGAAGCCGAAGUUCAUUUGACUGCGCGUGUCCGUGGUGACAUUCUUGUUGGUCUUUAUUAA